AUGUAUCUAGAUCAGGUUCAACAACAGUUAUACGUAGGUGAUGAUACGAGUAUUCAACGUUUUGAUAUGAAUACUAGAGAAACACUACCAUUAAAUGGCACAACGAUAAUUGGUCCAUGUGGUUCUGGAACAGAUUUAAGUGCUUCGGAUGUCUAUUAUAAUAUAAUAAAUAACUGGCUGUAUGUAUCUGAUUCCUUUAAUAAUCGAGUACCCAGGACUUCGAAAACGAUGUAA